AUGUGUAAAAGAAGUGUUGCAAGGUUUAAUGGCAGCGACAAGCGGCCAAAAAAGGAAACUCUGACAUACACACAAGGUCCAUUGGAUGAGAAAUUUGGACAACAUGCCGCUUUCCCCUUGGAUGCGGCAGUACAAGGAACGUGCAAGCAAGAUUCGUCUGUAUUCGACUAUUUGGCGAGUGUUCGAAAAGAGGCCGAGGCAGAUGCUGCAGUACAUUUUGUUUCAAGAGAUCCAGAAGAGCUGACUCAGCCAGAAGCUUCAAAAUCGACAAAGCUUUCGCCAGAAUACGUUAAAAUGGUCAUGACUCGUUUAGAAGAAGCCAAGCUUGCCAAUAAGAAUGAGAUCCAAGUCGGAGAGAUCGAGUUGGACUGCAGUGAGAUUGAAGGAGAUAUCGAAGACGAUGCAGAUCUUGAUGUCCAUGAUUUGAAUGUGAAUGUCGAUGUGGAGGUCGAGGAGCCGGACGACCUGGAGCCACAGAUGGAGGUACCUCAGUCUGCAGCAGCAUGGAGGAGCCUAGUAUUUUCACAGAGCCCCCCACCUACUAGCUUCUUCAACACUAGAUUAGAGCACACCACCAUCAUCAAACUCAUUGUCUAUUACACGAAAUGGCUUCUGGUAUCGAUGCCAGCCACAUUGAUGGAGUGGAUCUUCGUCACAUUUGUGAGGCUCGACAAUGGACUCGACCACACGGAGAUGUCACUAGUGAGAGAUUUGGGCCGCAAGGCCAGAAAGCUCCGAACCAAGUUUCUAGAAGGGAAGAGUGAGGGUCUCAGCAUACCAGCCGUAGCAGAGGAGACUGUUGAUAUGAUUUUGGCGGUGGUGGGUGUAUACUAUGGGCAAAGAGACUUGUUGAUUGAUGCAGAGUAA